GCGGGAAAUAUCAGUGAGUUGCGAGCACUGACUGAGCGGUGUGGGUUCGUGUUAUCAGAGCCGCUGCGCAGGAACUGGUUCCGUGUAAACGGGUCGGUAAUUUAUCGGCCAUUUUUGUUUUGUUAGUGUUAACGUUGCGCGGCGCUGUUCGCUGUGAACAAUGGUUCAAAUCAUCAUAAGAGGCAGUGUGGAUGGCAGCAGUCCUCCUGAGUGGCUGCUGGUGGAGCUGCAGGGAGAGAUGAUGUCCAGACACAACUCCGGUCUGGCAGGAAACGUGAUGGGAGACCUGCUCUACACCAAAGAGGGGGUGCCAGUGCUGAUCGUAGGACAUCACAUUCUGUACGGGAAGCAGGUCAAACUGGAGAAAUGCUUUGCUGUCCUCACCAAGCAGUCGGACCAUUCGCAGGAUACCCAGGGCAACAACGGCAAUGAUGUCACACAGGUACCCAUGGAAACGGAUCAGCAAGGGUCCACCUGCAAGUCCUACUUUGUGUCUGCCCUCAUCAAACGGAAGCUGAUCUUUAAGACGCGCCCCAAACCCAUCAUCACUAAUGUGCCCAAGAAGGUGUAGAGUGACCACGUUUCCUCACUGGGUCAGGGGUCACAGGCUGAUCCAUCUGACCUUUACAGAACUGGACUGUUUAAAAACUCUGCGUACGUCAGUUUCACGGAUAUGAUGCAGUUUUAUUCUUAGAAAUACAACCCUGUGACGUCUAAAUGCUGUUUCAAAGGCUGAGUGGAGUACUGAGUCAUUCUAAGUCAUUUUUUGUAAAUAAAUAAAUAAAUAAAGAUUUUUGCAUUUUAG